AUGUCGUCGCCGUUGACAGCAAAGCGGCGCAAGCUCAACGAGACAUCAAGAACACUUGCGAAACCGUUCGUCUCCCCACUGAGGACCUCAAAGCCGGACACAGCACCGCUCAAGCCGAGCCACAAUGCGGCCAACAUCCAGUCAUACCAACCGAGCACGCUUGCCCAUACUGUGAACUCCUCGACACCUUCAGAAUCCAAAACCAAGGCACCCUCACGUUCGUUCCAGACGCCCGCAAGAUCAGCACCCGUCCGCAAAACCGCAGCCUUCACCACAUCUACCGGCCGCAACAGAGAUCCGGCCGAGCAAGCAGCGCAACGGGCCAACACCUCCCUCGAACUCCAGAUCCGCAACAUCCGCAACGAGAUCGACACCCUCAACCAAGCCAUCCGCCUCACCAGCUCCACCACCGACGCCGAGCUAGAAGAGCUCACUCAGAAAUGGAAGCUCGCGACGCAGACGGCGGCAGAAGAGCUGUUUGGCACUGUCAAAGAGCGCGUCUGCCGGAUGGGAGGCGUGCAGGCGUGGAGGGAGAGCGAGAACAAGAAGGCGGACAAGAUGAAUGAGUGGUCGCAGCAGGAUGAGGGCAAGGAAGACGAUGAUGCGGAUUGUGAGUUUGAUGAGGACGGUGAGGAGUUGCCGGAGGAGGAGGCGGAGUGGCGGAAGAAGGAGAAGGCGAGGAUGAGGCAGGAGGCGCAGGAUGCUAUGGAAGAUGCUGGGGGUGGUGACGAGGUGGAGGAGAUGGGGCGGGAGAAGCAGGUCUGGCAGGAGGACGGGAAAGAAGACGAUGACUUCACGGUGGACAUGAUGUUGCGCUCGCUGCAUAUCGAUUUAAGCGUGAUCGGAUGGGACACUCAAGCUCAGCGGUGGGUCUCUUGA